AGUAGCAACCUAAGGAAACCGGGCGCGCCAGGGUUUGCACGGACCUGGCCCACUUAGGGACUCGUGGUCCAGUCGGGUCCAAGGCUGGUGAGCACCUCACCCGCUGGAGACCAAGCUCAGGCCUUCUGGCACUAGUGGUUAUAAAGAGGCACCCAUCUGCUCCCUGCCACCUCCGCCAAAGAUGGGCAAUAGGGCGAAGAGAAAAGCAAACACCAGGCGCCGCGGCAGGUGAACUUGUCAACAAGUCAGCCCUAGACGCAAGUCCCUGCCCAGAAGGGACCUCGGGGUCCCGGGGCCGCAGCUGCUGGGAAGGCGAGGCACGGCGUGGGUGGAGUGGGCUGGGGUGGGUGGGGGUGCCGCGGGCGCUGGGGCAGGAGAUGCGGCCCGCGCCCCGAACGCUUCCCUCCCGCUCCCCCGGGAUUGACGCACGCUCUCAUGGCGCGCGCAUCCUCCAGACCUGCCCAGGCCCGAGGGAGGAGGCGGGGGAGGGGUAGGGGCUGUAGCGGUUCCCACACGCGGACCAGGGACUGGAGGAGGCGACCCGCCUGUCACCCGCCGCCCGCGGAGGGCACAGUUGGCGGCCCCAGGCUGGCGCCCCGACCUCCGCGGCUGCCGGGCGUCUCCCGCUGCAGCCUGCAGCCCGCCCGGCGCGCCCCCGCCCCGACCCCGGACGGCAGGUGUUCCACGUGUCCAUAGCGUUUACGUCACAAUGACCUGGCCUACAGGUGGGAGCCGCAGCGAACGCCCCAGGGUUCCCUCUGCGCUGUGCAUGGCCAAGGUGAAAACUUGGGCGGUGACUCAAACAAUGCAAGCGAAAAGUGGCUUUGAAGACAGUGUCUUAAGGUGAACAAAUAUGUUCUACAAGCAGUAUCAGGUCAGCAUGGCACUGAAAUUCCUUGGGCUCCCAGAGAGUUUAAGGCUUCAAUGAAGAGAGGGGAUUUAUUUUACACCGAAGAGAAAGGUGAAGCCUUUGAGAGCUGAUUCAGAGUCCUUAUAAAAAACAUCCCAGAGAACUCCCUCUCUGUGUGAAGACACAGAAGACAGCUGUCUACAAACCAGAAGGCGGGCUCUCACCAGACACUGAACCUGCCAGGACCUUGACGUUGGACUCCUCCACCUCCAGAACUCUCCUGCAACUGAGUUUCUCAUACUUGGAAAAUGGCAGAAGUCUUUCCUACAGAGUGCAGAAGUAAACCUUGCCAUAGGAGAAACAGCUUCCUGAUCAAGAUAUUUCCUGAGCCAGGGUCGACUGAAAAGUGCAUCCCAGCAAUAAGCGGACAUCUAUUUCCACGCAAUGUUUACCCAGUGAUCCUAGGUCUACCCGUUUUGGUGCCACAAAUUUCCUGCACCGUGAAUCAAACUGUGCCGAGCCUAGGCUCCCACGGAACCAAGCCUGAGCGCCACCCGGGCACUGAGACGCGGACUCCGCCGAGGCUGAACGAGGCAGCGGGACCGGUCCGCGUCUGAGCAUGGAGAUGAAGCGCCAGGGAGGGCAUGUCCGGGGCGCCGGAGACGCCAGGCCCGAGUAGCUCCUCCAUGGAGCCUGCCCAGAGCGGUCCCUGCUCGCCGAAUUCGCCCCCAGUCCUGUGCGGCUGCUGAGAGCGCUCCUUGCUCUGUAAAGUGGAUGUCAGGUGGAUCUAUGUUUUUGAAGGAACAAAGACUCAGCGAAAGCACCGCCGAGGAAGUUUGAGACGCGGGAGGAUGCAGGCUGCGUGCUGGUACGUGCUUCUCCUCCUGCAGCCCACCGUCUACUUGGUCACAUGUGCCAAUUUAACGAAUGGUGGGAAGUCAGAACUUCUAAAAUCAGGAAGCAGCAAAUCCACACUAAAGCACAUAUGGACAGAAAGCAGCAAAGACUUGUCUAUCAGCCGACUCCUGUCACAGACUUUUCGUGGCAAAGAAAAUGAUACAGAUGUAGACCUGCGAUAUGACACCCCAGAACCUUAUUCUGAGCAAGACCUUUGGGACUGGCUGAGGAACUCCACAGACCAACAAGAGCCUCGGCCCAGGGCCAAGCGAAGGCCCAUUGUUAAGACGGGCAAGUUUAAGAAAAUGUUUGGAUGGGGUGAUUUUCAUUCCAACAUCAAAACAGUGAAGCUAAACCUGUUGAUAACUGGGAAAAUUGUAGAUCACGGCAAUGGGACAUUUAGUGUUUAUUUCAGGCAUAACUCCACUGGUCAAGGGAAUGUAUCUGUCAGCUUGGUGCCCCCUACAAAAAUAGUGGAAUUUGACUUGGCACAACAAACCGUGAUUGAUGCCAAAGAUUCCAAGUCCUUUAACUGUCGCAUUGAAUAUGAGAAGGUUGACAAGGCUACCAAGAACACACUCUGCAACUAUGAUCCUUCAAAAACCUGUUACCAGGAGCAGACCCAAAGUCAUGUAUCCUGGCUCUGCUCCAAGCCCUUCAAGGUGAUCUGUAUUUACAUUUCCUUUUAUAGUACAGAUUAUAAACUAGUACAGAAAGUGUGCCCCGACUACAACUACCACAGUGACACACCUUACUUCCCCUCCGGAUGAGGAUGGACAUGGGUGAGACUGAAGCCUGAGGAAUUAAAGGUCAUAUGACAGGGCUGUUACCUCAAAGAGGAAGGUCACAUCUGUUGCCUGGAAUGUGUCUACACUGCUGCUCUUGUCAACUGGCUGCAAAGACGCUAGUGGAAAACAAUCCGAUGUAAUUUCUGCCCAGUCAGCUUCAUCUCUUAGCAUAGUUGUAAAUCACUACAGGUUUUAAAGGCACACUUGAAGACAUACUCUCACACAUAGAUAUACACAAACACACGUUCAUAUACAUUUCAGCUUGCAUCUGUCAUGAUUGCUGUCAGGAGGGCUUUCGUUAUCUGACUCAUAAUGGUUCAGGAUAAACUAUCAUCAAGCAAAAGGAUUAACUAGACAGUGAAUGGUUUCUAACACUUGCUGUUAUGGAAAUCUCUUUUAAAGUCUUGAGUACAUGCUAAUCAAUAAUCCCCACUCAUGCAUUCCUACUGCUUGGAGUAGUUGUACUGGUAAAUACUACUGUAGGAAUAUAUGCUUGUUCAAAUGGAAAAAAAAAUGUGUCUUUAGAGCUCAGUAUUCUUUAUUUUAUGAACACAACAAAGUGUAGUAACUUUUUUCCAGCAUACAGUAGGCACAUUCAAGGUAAUAUAAGAUGGCUCUUUUUUUUUUUUUUUCUAUGGAGGGAGCCUGUUUUCAGUAAAGAUGAGCAAACAUUUGGAAUUUACAUGUGGGCAGACAUUGGAUUACAGCUUUCAUCACCAGUCUUUGGACUUCCGCAAAGUUGAGACCAACUAAGGCUGCUUAAAACAAGUUCUGAUCAUUAUAUAAGAAGGGAAAUGCCUGACAGACACCAUGUAAGUUAUAAGUGUCUGUCUUAUCUUUACUACACAUAUUGUAACAAAUUCAAUAUCCUAGUCUUCAUUUGUAUGAAUGGUUUGUAUUGUACAUAGUUUAACCAAGUGUUAUUUGAGCUGCUUAUUAAUAUUAACUUGUACUUGUCUCUCUGCUUGUUAUUGGUUAAAAAAGAAAAAAAAGGAUAUGAGGAAUCCAUUUUAUCAAUGUAGCUGUGACCUCCAUUAAAAAGACAAACUUAAUGUACAAAGCAUUUAUUCAGCUCAAGUAUUGUUGAAAGCUAUACAUAUACAACAUUACAGUCUGUCUGUAUUUAGAUAUUUUAUUUCUGGACAAAAUGAAAUGUACAUAAAAAUAAAAUGCUUAAAGUUGAGUUUCAA